ACAGCGACAAGAUGGAUUACCAGAAUCGAGCAGGCUCCAAAUUCGGCGGUGGAGGCGUCGCCUCUCACUCCGCAACCAACGCCGACCGUCGCGAGCGCCUGCGCAAGCUCGCGCUGGAAUCAAUCGACCUCGACAAAGACCCCUACUUCUUCAAGAACCACGUCGGCAGCUUCGAGUGCCGUCUCUGUCUCACAGUCCACCAAAAUGACGGCUCCUACCUGGCCCACACGCAGGGCAAAAAGCACCAAACGAACCUCGCCCGUCGCGCCGCCCGCGAACAGCGCGAAGGCAAAAACCAAGACCCCUCCUCGCUCCCCGGUGCAAUGGGCGUGCAGGUCAAGAAGCAGACGAUCAAGAUCGGCCGCCCCGGUUACAAGAUUACCAAGAUUCGGGACCCCUUGACGCGCCAGAUGGGUCUGCUUUUCCAGUUGCAGUUCCAAGAGAUCACGCCCGGUGUGGUCCCGCGCGUGCGGUUCAUGUCAGCGUUCGAACAGAAGAUUGAAGAUCCGGAUAAGAACUUCCAGUAUCUGGUUGUUGCGGCCGAGCCGUAUCAGACUUGCAGUUUCAAGCUCCAGGCUAAGGAGAUUGAUCGCCGGGAAGGGAGGUAUUGGAACUGGUUUGACGAGGAUAGCAAGGAGUUCUGGGUGCAGAUCAUGUUCAAGACUGAGCGUGAGGAACGCUUCAGUGGUGUGCCCGGUCUUGCGCCUAUGCGGACUUGA